GAACAUUUGCAAAGCCUUCCCGACUGGUUUCGCGGCGGCACGAAGAAGAUGGAAAUCCAGCGCGGUGUUCUCCUAGAGUCCUUCACAGAAGGCCCUACGGGCGUGCAAUGCGUUUUGAAAACCGCAGCCUCUGGUGGCCUUGAGACGGUGAGUUGUAAGUUUCUGGUGGGCUGCGACGGUGGACAUUCAAAAGUGAGGAAGACGCUGGGCUUCUCCUUCGAAGGCAGCACCACGCCGGAGUAUUUCUUCGGUUUGGAUGCUUGUUUCGAGAACUUUGCGAUGAACGACAAAGAUGUCGCGUCCGUGUCCCUGACGCAAGAUCAGGACCCACUGACGCCAGGCUUCGCCUUCAACAUCCCCUUCGGGGAUGGCAACUGCCUGCUGCUGCUCGAAUUGGUGACUGAGACUGGGCAGAUGGUGCGGCAAAGUCACGGAUCUUUCUACAUCGGAUGGAAGACAGCGGAGGUGGAGGAAGAGUACCGCACGCUGAAGAAUCAGCAUACAGAUGACCAGACGCUGAAGCGCAAACGGGAGCAGGCCGCAGAGAAUUUGAGUGGCUUGAACUGGGCUUUCUAG